AUGGCAAAGGGGGGUACAACUGAUCAGGCUCGAAAGGUUUCGAAGUGCCCUAGCAAAACUCAACCUUAUUUUCACCGUUACAUCAUCUCUCUGUCUUCUUAUCUUGAUAUUACUCGACAACCACUCAAUUAUAAAUUCAAUAUGUCUAACCACCAAUCGAACAUCGAAAAUCCAACUGAGGUCAACGUGCCGGCUGUUGAAGGGCAUAUGAAUGCACUUUUUGAAGAACCUUCUAACAAAACAGGUGCCAAUGCUACAGCUGUCUGUAGUCAACAAGAUCCGCUUUACCGGAUUGGAACCGCACCUCGUGUGCAAUUUGAUAAGAAGAACAAGAUGAUCGUUCAGGUGAAGUUCAAGAUUCAUGCUGAAAAGGAAGUAGAAGUCGAUAAUCCUCCUGCUAUCAAGGUCCAAGGUCGCAAAGCUGCUCCUGCUUUGGUGGUGCGCUACAACUUAAUCGAAUUGAAAAUGUUCAAUUCCGGCAACGUCAUUGAGCUGGUGAAGUGCUUUUUUGGGAAGUCCUUCAAUGACUUCAAAGGCAUGUGCGGGGAUAUCUGCGAGCAGUAUGAGCCUGGGAUGCGACAUAUGGUCCUCAACAGCAAAAUGGCGCCUCGCUUGAGAUGGAUGGGACAGGUUGGACGUGAGAAGGUCUUUCUGGUUGAUUAUCCGACUUGGCAGACCUUUGUUGAUUUACUUGCGAAAGCAACCAAGCACAAGGGUUCCGUGACUAUAUUUACUGAAAAUGAAAAGGAAAAAGCUAGGAAAGUGGCUCAGACCUGCGCUGCAAAGGAGCUCAUUGCAUCUGCUAGCGGCCCAACUGCAGCAGAAGCGCACGUGGGGGUCCUUACCAAAGAACUCGAGGAUGCCCAUAAGCGCAUCGCGCUCCACGAAUUAACGGCUAAGCUGUUCCAUGACCAAUCUCAAAAUGGGACAUCUGGAGACGGGGCUGUCUUGGUUCGCCCAUGGGAUCCAUCCUUUCUCUACCGUUCAACUUGGCAUGGCGCAUGGGUCUGGGCCAAAGGAAUUUACCUUGCAAUCAUGAAGAAGUCACGAGUGUUUCACAAGGCCACCCAAGUCAAUGAUCGAGUGAAAAUGCAAAGCUCACAAUUGCAAGUCAACUUGUCACCAACCUUUCAUAAAUCUGGCGCUUCUUGCCAUUCUUUUUUCGAAUCGCCAGCCCGUUUGUUAUUUCAAAAACCUAGUGGUUCAAAGAGAGGUGGUAGUUUGGAAGGAGGUAUGCCCUCUGAGAGUGACAAGAAAAAAGUGAAGAUAGAACCAGCCUCCCCAUCGAAAUUUUCCAAGGGUUUCACUAUUGUGAUAUCCUCUGACCCCCCAUCCCCUAUUAAAAACGAACUCUCUCCAAAAGAUAAAUUCCAAAUUAAACAAGAAGCAGUCUUGCCCUCCAACUUGGGCAAGCCCCUGACUGUUGUUCUAUCUUCUGAUCACGAAUUGCCAACCGAGAUAGCCUUCCCUGAAGAUAGUAAGAAGAUUAAUAAAAACGAAGCAGCUUAUUUGGGAAUGGCCAAACUUCUUUCACGUCUACCACUGCUGGCUCCGAUGCUGAGGACAGUGCUCAACCCCACGCCAGCGCUCUAG